GGAAAAUAGAUUUUACAGGAAUGUGAUUAUCAUUUCGUUUAAAAUGAUAUGUUUUGCUUCAAUCUUCCUUUCGUAACUCGCUCGUAAUUUAUUCAAAUAUGCUGGACAACUUCUUCAAAGGAGAUAUCCCAAGUAUCUUCGAGACAACGAUAAAACGCGAGAAAGGGAAAUCCGCCGAUAAUUCAACAACAUCGAAGCUGAAAGACUACAGAAACGAAGAAGAAUUCUUGAAGAGUGUCACGGCUACAAUAUGCUAUUGCGGCUCGUUUUGGACCUUUGGAAUGGCGGCUGCUGUUAUUGGGCCGACGUUGCUGGAACUAGGAUGUGUAACGAACCGCCCGGUUAAUGUGAUGAGUUGGGUCUUUUUUUCGCAAGCACUAAGCGCCUUGUUUGGAUCAAGUUUAGGAGGAUUUUUGGCAGACAGGUAAAGAUUUAAAUUCAUUUUAUAAUUUUCGAAUGUAAAUUAAAUAUGAUAAAGUCCGCAGUAAGAAAAAUUCCAAGCGAUUUAACUGUAAAAUCGCAAAUGAUAUUUUGCGUGCUUAGAAUACGAAAAUAAUACACACCAUAGGGAAAAAUUUCCCGACGAGUUCUUUUUAUAAAGCUCACUUUAGGGAUUUCUUUUAUUAUGCCAAUACAAAGCUCAAAGACACAUAAACGCAAUGGAAUGAUAAAAGUUAAGUGAGAAAGGCAAUUUCUUAAACUAAGGCCCCAUGAAGGGUAUUUUAAACAGGAAAGGAGAGGUCCCAUGAUACACAGUCUUUAACUGUAUGCUACAUGCGGAGCAAUGGGGGAUGCCCUGUGAAUUCCGCCAGGUAAGCAGAUUUAUUUAACAACAGCAUAAAAAUCAUGUUGAAGAGAUUUUAAUUUUAGGCAUUAAUCUAUUAAUAAAACAUCCUUAAAAUAGAACUCAAGUCUAUCUCAGGGAAACGACGCAACGUUCUCUGUGAGUUUUGUUAGCGAUCUUGGAGCUGGCGGAUCGAUAACCUCUGAACAGCAGUAUACCGAUAACCUGUGAUAACAGUAGUAUACCAAAGAACAUUUCGUAUAGAAUGUGAAACCCUCAAUCAAAAAGACAUUGAUAUUAAUUCUCUUCUCAUAUAAACGAAGAUGGUAGAUAUCAAUCUUGAACAAUAUAAUCUCAACAGCAUCUUAAUUUUUUCUCGCCUUUCUUUGUAAAGUUACAUUGUUGUAUAAGUUUGCAAUAUCCCUUUCUAUAUCGUUGCAUGUCAUGAUUACAAUAAAGGAUGAACAAUCGAUUGUUAGUUAGUGAUGAUAUCACAAUCUCUGCAUACACGAAUAGGACAUACGUUUUUACAAUCUCUGCAUACGCGAAUACUAAAUAGGCUUUGUCUACACUUCUGAGCUAAAAUUGGUACUUUUUAAUCUCGACCCCCUGAAAAAGUCUUUAAGCAAUAAGUGCUUAAAUCAGAAAAGAUUUGUUUCGUUGUGUGUUACAACUGUAGUUUUUCUUGAUCGUUUCUUCCGAAAAUUUCCCUCAUAAACUAUAUCGUAACCAGAUCCCUAUCGCGUUUUUGGUUUCAAAUCUGCUAGACGAGUUGGCUAGACAGUGGGAGAUUUGAGUGCGAGAUAAGAGCCAAAAACUAGAAUAGAAUAGACAGAAGACGUCAUUGCCACGUUGCCAUGGUAGCAAAAUUUCCGGAUGUCAACAAACCGUGGUGUUGCAAAAUAUGGCAGAAAAAAAAAUUGACGUGUAUGACUUUCCUAUGCGUGAUUGCACUCAGGAACAAAACGGUGGCCCAUACUUUUCUUCCAUCGUUAGACUAGAAAGUAAAUGGUAUUGCUACCAUGCUACCAUGGUAACGUGACCUCACUCACCUCAUUUUAUACUCUUUUCAGGUACGAUUGUAAUGUCAUCUUGUUGUACUGCGUGACUUCCGUAGCAGUAUACCUAGCUAUCAUUCCAGUGUGUCACGUAUUUGGCAUAAUGCUAGCGUUUUUUGCCCUGUUGGGAGUUCACAUGGGAAUAAUUGACACAGUAGCAAACAGCAUCCUUAUCAAAAUUCACGGGAAAAAGGUGCGUGUAUUAUGUAUGGAGCGUAUUCACUCACGUGGCCAGCAUCUAUACAAAUCUAUGGGAACAAAAGAAAUGUUUUACAUUUGAAAAGAGUCCAACCCCCACAGGAUUUGUUUGGAACACCAACAUGGCCGCCGUUUCAUUGUUUUGGAAAACCAAUAUGGCCGUGACGUCAUGUGAAUACGCUCAAUAUGUAGAUUAGCAAAAGAACGCAAAAGCGCGCGGAAAGGGCUGAAAGCGACAUCCAUUGCUCCAGUCGGUUUGCACAAUCUGACCGCGCCAUUAAGGAGCUUAAGCAAUGACAACGGCCACGUCAGCGAGAACGGCAAAAAAGCAAUAGGUUUAGAUUGGCAAAACAACAACAUCUGCACGUGCAUCACGCUUUUUUUGUGCGUUUCUUUUCUGUUACUACACGACCACAACGUGAAAAUGCCUAAUUUCACGUUUUGAAGAGGACGUGAAAACACAAGACAACGACUUUCUUAUUCCUUUCUUGAACGUCGAUGCAGUCUUUUAGAAUUCAAAUCUAGAAAAAAUUGCCAACAUUUGACGAAUUGAACAAGAUGGAAGAAGUGCUAUAAGCGCGACUUCACUUUUUAAGAGACAUUUCCUUAACCGUCGCUGUCGUUGUUGCUUAAGAGUCUCUAUUAUUAUCAGCACGUCCUCUCAGAAGUCAGGUGACUUGACGGUACGUAUAAGCGUACUCCUGUACAGACUCAUUGCUUUUGGGGGAGGAUGGGGAAGAGUCGACCUUGCAAAGGAGGAGUUUUCUUCUUUUUUUUUUGCAAGAAUAUAUAUAUUUUUUCAUCCGAUAUAUCAUAUUGAACACGCAGAAAGUUGAAAAAUUGUCUCGUGAGAAUGCGUAACGAAUUUGAUUUAACUUCUCAAACAAUCACAAAACGUCACAGAGCGUUAUUUGCUUUGAGAAAUACAAACCUUUAGUGAAAAUUGGUUUUUAUUGACUUUUUUUGUUAAUAUGGUCAUUUUGAAUUUUUAUAGGUGGCACCAAGAUUACAGGUAAGUGAUACUCUGUUCCUCUGAAUCCUUGGAAAUUACGAGGCGUGUUCUGUUCCAUAAAAAAGAACAGAAAUAAAAACGCAUUUAACACUCAUUAAAAGUUCAUUCUUUUGUACUUUCUUUCUGGAUUAUGAUGAAAUAUCAAACACGAUAUCCAAACACUGUCAAGUCACAUAUCAAACACGAGAAAAAGUGUCUUAUCUGAUAUCAAAACACCUAGAAAUAAUAUAAUACGAGAAUUGAAGGAAUGCUGAUACUCAAAUACCGUGACGUCAUAUAUAACACACAAGAGGAAGUGUUUCAUCUGAUAUCCAAACUACUGACAACCAAUAUAUCAAAUACGGCAAGGAGCGUUUCAUCCUAUAUCCAAACUCCGAGAAGUAAUACAUCUCCAACAUUAUAAGUGUUUCAUCCCGGGGUUUCAUCUGAUAUCCAAACACCGAGAAGUAAUAUUUUAAACACGAGAAGGAGUGUUUCAUUUGAUUUCCAAACACCGAGAAGUAAUAAAUUAUAUAGGAGAAAGAAUGCUUCAUCUGAUAUCUAAACACCGAGAAGUAAUAUAUUAAACACAAGAAAGAGUGUUUGAUCUGAUAUCCUAACACCGAGAAGCAAUAUUUCAAACACUAGAAGGAGUGUUUCAUCUGAUAUCCAAAUAUUAAUAUAAAACACGAGAAGGUGUGUGUUUCAGCUAACCUCUAUACACCAAGAGGUAAUAGAUUAAACACGAGAAAGUAUGUUUCAUCCGAAAUCCAAACAUCGAGGGGUGAUUUAUCAAACACCAUGCAGGAGGAGUGUUUCAUCUGAUAUCCAAACACCGAAAAGUAAUAUAACAGGUUAACACACGAAGAAUUUUUUCAUCCAAUAUCCAGACCCUUAGAAGCAAUAUAUGAAAUAUGAGAACGAGUGUUUCAUCUGUGUUAUAACCGAAGGGGUACGUGUUGAUAUUACGUCUCAGUUUUGCGAUUAAAUUCUCUGACUCCUCAAAAUGAAUUCAAAGUUUAAUUAAACACCCCUCAUUUAACAAAAUUUUAUGGUAACUUUUUUUAUCGUAACAUCCUGCACUGUGGUAUUAUAUCCGUUGGUUUCUUCAUUAAUUGUUUCUGAGUUCUUCCCGGUAAUAAAAGGGCGCCUAGAAAGCGCGUAAGUCAAUCAGAAUUCGAAUUUUUUUCGUUCCCUUACGAAUUGCGUCAUUCAACGGAUUGUAAGACUAUUAAACAAGAUUCAAGCAUGCCUUGUUGCCUUUUGUCUCGCAGAAUUACUAAAGAAAACUCAUCAAAACAAUUCUUUUCUUUUUAUUUUCCAGUCUCUUCACUUCUUCUACGGCCUUGGGGCCCUCGUUAGCCCUGUCAUUGCAGAGCCUUUCCUGCGUAGCGCAUGCGCAGAUGGGCAUUUCCAAAGCAAUAUCUUUGGUUGGACACUUGAAAAUUCCACACUGGAGUCUUAUAUUACGUAUAACGUGGAUGGAGUCAAGUUUAACGUGACUAUGCUGAACGAUACCGUAUCAAGAGUGUCUCUACCGAGACAUUAUCAUACUAAGUCUUUUGUUCAAUAUGCUUAUUGGCUUGUAGCACUUCUCCAGGUUUGUGUUUUCAUCCCCGGACCCCGGCGGAUACUCCCUAACCCCGGGGGUUUUGCCUAUAAUUGCCUAUACCGGAAGGCUCUACCCGAAAGGGGUCUCUUUUUCAGUCUUCAGUUGAGUAGCUCUAAGUAUAAAAGGGUAGAGUUUUCACUAGCUAAAGGGUAUGAAACAGUAGGGAAAUCUGUCAUUUCAUUGUACAAAAAGGUCCUAAAGGGCUAAAAGAUGCAUUUUAUGGCUAUGAAAUUUAGUUAUAUCUAAAAUUCAUUGAAUUUACAGCAGUUAAAAGAGAUACAAAGUUAUACGAAAGGGGUACAAUUUCAGUCGAAAACGGUAUAUUUAAGAGUAGGGGAUUGGACCUCUUGGAGGACCCUCCCCCCCCCCCAGUAUAAAACUUUGUUGAGUACCCUCCCGGUCCCCUGACUGUAUAAGAUAUGUCUGCCUUGGAUGCAAUAAGCCGAUAACAUGCAUCACGUCUCAUAUUUCCUUUAAUUUACGAAUAAAACAAAGGAAAUAGAUGACCACUUACAGGCGGCAAGUAGGCCCACAUACUGGAGCCUGAGCGAGGCAAAACCACCCAGUUUUCAAUCGUGCCAGCUCUAAUGUUUACUGUUAAGUUUUUACUGUACAGAAAGAGGACCGUUAAUUUCGUGAGCUAUCCUUUAUGGGUUACAUCAGUAAUUUGUCAUAGAAAAUCUUGAAAAUUCACAAUGUUGUCGCAAAAUGAUAAAUUUUCAGUUCUUUUGGUUGAUUGCACCCUAUUUCGAUGUGCUAAUAAUAACCCAGGCCUUUUUUCUUUCCCCCUCAAGGUUCCAGUGCAGUCAGGCCUGUUUUAUCUAAUUUAUAGACAGCGCUACCUCAGACGCUGGGCACCCGAAAUGUUUGCUGGGAGAGUGGUCACUCUCGCUGCUUUGCCUGCUGGGAAUGGAGAUGAAACAGAAAGUGACGGUAUCGCAAACUUGUUCCCACGGCUUCUCUCUCUUACAUAUUGAAAGGGGUUGGGGAAAAGGCUUACUGUACUCAUUCGGCAAUUUAUAAACGAGAAGAGAACUGGAACCGAAUUUGUCCCGCAAUUAAUUCUGGGAUGGUUACUAUGGACGCGCCAGUGAGCCAUUGGCCAAUUGGUUUUUCUGACACUAAUAACAGUCCCAGACGUCUUUGCGAAAGUCAACUCGGCCCAGUUUUUCUCGAAGUAGUAGUAGCAAGUUGAUUCUUUCAAUGGAGCGUUUUCACAUGACUUCACAGCGGCCAUAUUGGUGUUCCAAAACAAUAAAACGGCGGCCAUGUUGGUGUUCCAAGACAAUCCUCUGGGAGUUGGACUCUUUUCUUAUGUAAACGCUUUCAUUUGUUCCCAUAAAUUUGCAUAGAUGCUGACCACGUGAUUGAAAACGCUCUAUUGACCACUCCAGAAAAUACCAUAACAUACCAUAAUGCUCUUUGUUUGUAACCCAAAAUUUUGCAUAAGCAUUGUUUUCGGUUUCCCUUGGGGCCAUUUUAACUCCCAAGAGAGACUGAAGACAAUGCUUAUGCAAAAUUUUGGUUUUACAGACAAAGAGCAUUAUGGUAUGUUAUGGUAUUUCUGGAGUGGUGAAUUGGAGUGACAACUGUGCAAAACAUGAAGCAACAAGUGAAAUUAAUCGAUUGUUAAAAAAUGUGCACGUAUCCCUUUGGGAAAGAGGCUUUUCCUCUCUGUUUACUGAAUACGAUCAUAUAUUUGAAGUAAGCCUAGCCGUCUAGCGAGGUAAGAGCGUAGACAAUAGUUCUUCCCUAAUUUUAAGUGGUCGCGUUUGUGUCGGUUCUUUUUUCCAUCUGUGUGGAUGUUUAACUAUAAACUAUUGUUGUUGUUUUUUAAAACUUGUAAAUCAUUUUCUUCUCCAGACCUCCCUCAAGUAUUCAAGUCUAUGGCAGACCACUCGUCCAUCAGACUAUCAUUCUGCAGUCUUCCCGCCAAAAUACCGCUGGUCACCCUGCUGGCAGGCCUGUUGCUAUUCUUGUUUGAUGGAUUACAAGGGGCAUUUGGUGGCUAUGUGUACACAUAUGCGGUUAAAAGCGAAGUAGAUCUAUCCUCAUCUCAUGCUGCUUAUCUUAAUUCAUUAUUCUGGGUAGGUAGAUCGAUAAGCUGAGUAAGAAUGGAUUUCUCUUUAUUGUUAACUCAAUCUGGUGCCCAGAGUCCGCGGGUUCUUUGGUCAGCGCUUAGUCGCCUGGUGGUCGUGUCUUCUGGGACCACCCGCUGACCUAAGGGCCCGAGGGCUCUGGGUACGAGAUGCCUGUAAACAUAGUUCACUUCAUUCAAUUUCCUUAACUUUUGUUUUGUUUAAUAUACUUAAAACAACGAUAUAGGGCAUUAGAAUGGUGACAAAGAAAACGAAAUUGGAAUGAAAUAAACUGCGACAGAAAAAGAAGACAAUUGGAAAUGUUGUAGUGAAAAGCCGUCAGGGACAUGGUUUGAAAUUCAUAUAUAUAAUGAAUUUGUUUCUGAAUGGAAUUCUAAGAAAUUCCCGUCUUCAAAUACUCAAUAGUACGCCCAUGUUAAUUCCUUACAGGGUUCAUUCGCCGCUGGAAGAUUUAUUUCAAUCCUCAUUUCAGUAUUCCUGGUUCCGGACAAAAUGCUUUUCGUGAAUCUGGUAAGUAAUUAAAAGUAAUUUUUAAUCAUACGAGACGGCAUAGAAAUCGUAACUAAAUCUCCUGCGAUUUUGCAAGCGAGCUGACGUUUGCCACAGUGCCAUUCCCAAGUUUCUCUAUUAGCUUCUGAGUAAACAACAGCCAUAUCAAUAGAAACGGCUGAAAAAAAAUUACUCGAUCUUGCAAAAAAUGUAAUAGGAAAUACAUAGACAGUUUAAAAAUUAUCUCAUACUCAUCCCUAGCUCCAAAUGCGGAGUUUCAUGCCAUUCAUAUCUAACAACUACAACUUCUACUAUCUAGAUUUUUUUCUCCAUAAAAGAUAUUUUUCUUGUCGCCAAAAAGGGUAAAAAGGAGGGUUACUGUUCUUGUUUCAUCGUAAAAAGACAAUAAAAUGAUACUAAUUUUGGCUUUAAAUGAUCAUUUGGCGCGAGGGGACUUGGGCAGGUUCAAGACCAGUUCGUUUGUAGCCGGGAAGAGUUAUCGCAAUCGCUAUUAAAACCACUUGGACUAUAAAAAGGGCCUUUGUUAAAGAGCAGAACUGGCUGAUCAAAAACAUGUCAACAACAUAAACCUUCAAGCUGGCGCGAGAUUUGCUAAAACAGCUGUCAAGCUUUGGAGGCGAAACAUAUCACGUUCACGUGAAUGUAGACCGCGCGGGUCAUGGAAACAACAGACGAAAAUAGCCUUCACGCUGCACGCGCGCGUACUAUAAAUAGAUUUCAAAUACAUCAUGGGACAUCAGGAUUUGCUCUCCUAGAUUAUUCUUUCUUGGUCGCAAUGUUAUGCGCAGUGGGUGAUGCGCAGUGCAAUACAAGCGAAUUAUCUUAAAGGGUUAAAAUUGUUAUAAACCGUGGUUAACCAUUUCCUCAUGGCCAACCGAUGAUUGUGUUACUGAAUUGCGUUUCAGUUUGGCUCGUUUACAGCAAUAUCCGUCAUGUUAUACCUUCAUCAAUUUUCCCUCUCUUUGUGGAUUGGUACUGGUGCAUUUGGUCUGUUUAUGAGCUCUGUAUUUCCCACGACUCUCGCCUUGGCAGAAUAUUACAUUGACGUGACAGGUAAAGCUGUAGCCAAUCAGUUAAAAAGUGACUUUGCGUUCUUUGAAACUUCAGGGCGAUUAACCCAAGUGGCUCACUUAGUAAAAUCGUUUGUUUACAUUGUCGAUAAAACGAGAAAUUUGGCAAUUUCACGUCGUAGUCGUGCAGUGACGGCAAAGAAAUUUACAAAAAGCGUGAUGCACGUGUAGAGUUGUUGUCGGUUGUUUUGCCAAUCUAAAUCUAUUGCUCUUUUGACGUCAGUUCUCGUCGCCGUCGCCGUCGCCGUCGCGACAAAAAUUCCCUCUUAUCAAAUGACUCAUUGCCAUGGGUUAACGACAUUGAAUGUCAUUCGUAUCAGAUGCCAAAUUAUCUUGUUAUACCCCCCAACUCAAGAUUCCUAUUGGAGCAGAAAGAGUCACGUGUUAAACGGGUCAAAACAAUGAUUUCAGUCCAAGUCAAUACGGUAGGUGGAGACAUCGAGUUGACCAGAAGUCUGAGUUAUAAAAAGUGACAAAUAUUUCUCUUACUAUGAGUUUGUCGUAUUUUCAGGUUCAAUAACAAGUAUCUUGAUCGUGAGCUCUGCAACAGGGGAGAUGGUAUUUCCACUUCUCGUCGGAAAGGUGAUGCUUACUAAUGUAAACGUUUGUUUAAACACCCCUGAAUCCCUAACAUUCAGUAAUGAGCACAAUGCAUCUGAUUUGUAAUAUCGACGUGUUAGUAAUCAUCGUAGUCAGAUUGAUUUUUCUAAAUAGGCACUCUAGGGUGACUGGCAUAUUUAGCUUGACCAAAAUACCGGAGUCAUGGCUGCUACUGCCCAGGUGGUAUGUCUUUGCACAUUCAAAAACUCAUUGAUGAUUCAUAAAGAAAGAACAAAAGAAAUCAAUGUUUAAUGAGUGUCUUUAUAUCUGAUAAAGACACGGCUAAACUUUACGUCUAAUGUUUUAGAUCAAAAUAACCCCAAAUCUAAAUAUUAGCGCAAGAAUGAGUUGAUCUGAAUUACAGAUUUUGAAGCCGUUCAAAAAACUCGCAGUCGUGUAUUAUCAGGUUUGAAAACUCUCGGCUUCGCUUCGAGUUUUUAAACCUGAUAAUACACUCCUGCUAGUUUUUUUAAACAGUACUUAAGGUACUGUGCUUUCUUCCUGUUUUUGUUUUACUGGCAAAGAUUCGUCAGUUUUCGUUUCUGUAAAGGAGGGUCAAGGAGCUAUGUCACGCUACUUGCAUUUUUUUAUAAAAAGCUAAAACAUAUCUUCGUAUCAAUUGAAUUUUAAAAAUAUAGUCACAGAAUUGACCUAAAACAACAGUAUCCUGGUAAUAUAGCCCCUUUUAAGUGUUUAACAAGUAAGAUAUCAAAUUGAACAGCAAAAUUAUGUUUUUAUUUCAAAUUCCUAGGCUUUCGCCCGUGAUGGCCCUUACUCGUUCUUGGUGAUCGGGUUCUUGAUUUGUACAUUCGCUCUUCUGGUGUUCCUGAUACUGCGCAUGACAGCCAGAGCGCAACUUAACCAAUCAGGUUAGUGUAUCAUAGCAACGGGUUGUGACGUAAAUGGGUACCUUUUGAGAGUCGGAUUUCCCAAGCUAAGGAAAGACUGGAAUCUAAUAUUUCAAACUCAACUCAUUUGAAGUACGUACGAUAAACCUCUAUGUGCGACCUCGUCUCUUGUCUAGAGAUACCACACGUUAAUUUGCAACAUUCUCUCUUGUUUGCAAACACCAUAAGUUUGGCGCAAUUUUGUAACAGAGUGAAGGUGCGCCGCGCCGAUCUCGAAAGUGGAAUGUCAUAUAUUGGAUAGGUCCUGUGCCAGACUUUAAUGCAGUGUGAACGGAUAUUCGGACCGUAGCGGAAGUGGAUAAAUAGGAGUGAGGACUGGAAUCCACUGAGGAAUGGGAUCUAGUUCACCAAAAACCCUCUCGACCAACCGCUCAGGCAAGAUUUUUGAAGUGUGCGAAAGACUUGUUCAAGUUUGUACCGUUGCUGUUCAUACAGUAGCUAGGGAGCUUGAGCAACAAACAUGGCGACUGCUACGAAAACGUUACUUAUAAAGUGAAUUCGCGCUACUUCAAACUUUAUCGCGCUUUUUCCAACUCGUUCAAUUCGUCAAAUGUUGGCAAUUUUUCCUUGAGUUGAAUUCGAAAAGACUGUAUCAAAGUUGAGGAAAAGAAAAAGAGAGUCGUUGUCUAGUGUUCACGUCGUCGACCAAACAUGAAAUUAGGCACUUUCACGUUGUAGUCGUACAAAAAAAAGGUGAUGCACGUGCAAAGUUGUUGUUUUGCUAAUCUAAACCUAUUGCUUUUUUUCCUGUCCUCGUUGCCGUCGCCGUCCGUUCGUCGUACUACACCUGCACCGAACAGCUUUUAAACCCAUUCAAAAUAGAUCAAAAUCAAAACCGUUCAAAGGUAAAGUUCAGAAUCUGGGAAAUUUGAAUUCUCAGAUUUUGUUUCCCGAGAUAUUCAUUUACCCAAACUUAUAGAAGUAUGGAGACGCCAUGCCGGGGACCUGGAUGAGCUUGAUAAAAUGUCAAACAAAUUACCGAAUUUUGCUACAAAACCGUGAAUUUAUUCUUGAAAUUCAUAAACAUUAAAGUAAUACUCCGUUUACAUCAAUUUGUUUGAGCAAAAUUUCUGAAAUAAGUCAUUUUUUUAAACCUUUGAUGCUGAUCAGCCGUCAUUAAAUGGCAACACCAAAAGCUUAGGUUAAGCGUACUUUAUCACAAAACCAAGAACCCGUUUGAAGCGAAACUUUGUAUAAAAAUUAGUUUUCAGCUGCUCUAAUGCAUCGUGAAAGUAAAAUCUCAGUAGGAUCGAUAGUUUUUUAGUUUGAAUUUUAGUGACGUCAUGUGAAAACCAACAAUCUGGUAUAGUGAGAACAUAACCUUAACCUUGACAAAAACUGUCCUGAAACCGUUCUUAAUGACAAGUGGCUUUUUCUUACAGUGCACGACCUAUACCGAUGUGCCGUUAAGCGCCUAUGUCAUUGUAACCAAGCCUGCGAUGAUUGUGAGUACACGCCGCUAGUCACGUGCGAAGAGGGAGACGAAAAUGCGGGAAACGAAGAGCCAAUCAGAAGCGAACCAGUUCACAGAGUGGCGGAACUACAAAGUUAACCAAUCACUAGGAAGAAUGUAAUUUUUCUUACCGGCGAAUCUGUUUAAGAAAAUAACUGCUGUAAAAAAUUAUGUAAUGACGGUACACUACUGCUUUGAUUCUAGAAGAAUA